UCAGCUUAAAGCUACCGCUCGGCCAGUCCAUCCCAAAGAGUUUCUUUCGUCUCAAUGAUGAGUCGUGGAUCGCCAAGGACCAAAGACGGGUGCUUUACGUGUAGAGUUCGCAGGAAGGCGUGCAAACAAUACGCGGGUCAUGACACACUUUCUUGCGAAGAAUGCUUCAACCUCCGUCUCCAAUGCAUGAAAAGUUAUGGACAAAGUCGACCCUCAUGGUUGGCGGAAAAGGACUAUAGGAAAGAGAUCGUCGUAAAGGCGAUUGCCGAAUGGACCAGAGACCCAAGAAAUAAGUCAGGCGACCAAUUCCUCAAUCUUGAACGAUUUGAAUUUGCACCCCCCCCACCGACUGAACCUGUAGCUUCAAAAGCAAUCCCCAAUCUUGAACAAUUUCAGCACCCGCAUGCUGCAUACUCGCGAAACAAACAUAUGCAUUUUGAACCUCAUCUGCCGGCAAUUGGCAGGGGCCAGAGCUCCGAUCCUUACCCAGGCUAUGGCACUCCCCUCGUUAAUGGGGGAGCUGCCGGACCCUUCACCGUGUUAACGGGGACUGGAAAUUAUCAACACAUAGCAUCACUCGUGCACCCGACGACAGUCGAUUGCACCGAAGAGGUUGCUAGGCUCCAAGAUGGUCAACCCCAACCCACGCGCGGCCCAAAUGGACCGCUCUUACUGGAUAAUGGCUCAUGGGGGGAACUUCCAGACUUCUACCCCGCGCACCUGCAAGGCCCUAACUAUAGGCAAGAGGCCUAUGGACAACAAUAUUAUUUACCAAGAACACAGCCUGAAUACUUCUACAUUCAGUGAGGCCAUCCCUGGUAGCUAGACCCUUUCAUGCCCC